AACGCGUGGUCAGCCGCAAAUCCGGUUGCUUUCCCGCUCGUUCUUAUCGGGAUAAGGGUGGGCCAAGCCACCUACCACUCCAUAGAAUUUCCACACCAAUUAUUCUCCACCUCUUUCACACAUAGCCAAUCCACCAACCAGCCCAGCCAAUUCAGUUUCCCCACAUCUACCGGUACUCACCUAAACCGCGCUGCACCACAAAAAUGCUCCUCUCAACCGACCCAUUACCCGCCGAACUGGUCCGCGCCUUGACAAUCUUCACCGACCCGUUUCAGAAAACUGCGAAUGCCUUCCUCAGCAUUCCCACCGUCCGAGAAAAUGCCUUCACGCGUGUCUGCGAGCUCCACAACACCCUGGAAAUCCUCUCGACCGUCCCCGAGCCCAUCGUCGCCCUCAUGCAAAUUCUCGGUACCAGAAUCGCCAGCGGCCACGACUUUGCUCGAAGUAGCGCUCGGGAAUACCUGGGCUUCAUGCUAAACGCGGAAUUCGUCCUUUUUGAGGCGUACCGGAUAUACGGACUGCGCAUGAACCCGUCGCUCUCGCAUUGGGUGGAUGUUUGUCGGGACUACGAAGCGGUGGAGAGGCAGAAGCAGAUGCAGCAGGGCGAUGGCCGGGGCGCAGGAUCGGGCAUUCGCGAGGAGGUACUGAGGAUUCGGGUUGCGUUUGUCAAGGGGAUUCUGGGCGAACAUGGGGAUAGGCUGGCAGGGCUUUCGCCGCAUGAGUUUGCCGGUCGGGGCUUGGAGUUUGUGGUUGAUGUGGAAUCUUUUACGGAGGCUUUGCGCGAGCAGGGGAUUUACGAUGCGCCGAUGGAGGGGAAGAACAACCUCAGGGGAGGCGAUGGAGGUGCCAAGAAAGGGCAAAAUAGGCGGGAGUUGGGUAUUGACGAGGCCGGAGCGAGUGUUGGUGGGAGUGGAUGUUCCUCUGCUAGUGGGCUUACGUCCGGCGUGCAAACACCAUCGAACGGACGUCCUUCACCACUUGCCCAAGACACAGCGGCCGAAGUCUCAGCCUUCCUCGUCAGGGCCAUGUCGGAAGAGCUCCGCCCGAACGUCGUAAGCUCCCUACUCGCGACGCUAAAAUCUACACCGUCUCUUCUAACCACAUACCCACUGGACUUUCUCUCGACUCCUACCCUCGCUAGCCUGAUAUCCAACAACCCAGUCUUGGCCCGAGGAAUCCUCCUUCUUCUCCUCUCCUCGCCCAUUACCACCACUACCCCACCAUCGCCCUCUAACUCCCACCGUCGCCAAGAAAUCCUCUCAGGCCUCUCCUUCCUAACCCCUACCCUCAACGCCCUGGAAACCAUAAAUAUCCUUAUCACCCAAACCUCGGCCCUCACAGAGGAUGAGACAAACCUUCUAAUACAUAACUUUCUAUCAAACGGGACGCGCUCGGCGGAGGAAAUGCUCGACGGCGAGUACCGCGAUGGCGGUAGCGGGAAGAGGGCGCAGGCACGGCAGGUGCAGCUGUUGUGUCUGUUCGUGCAGAGUCUUUUGCGUGCGGGCGUCAUUUCCCUGCGGGAUGUGUACUAUGAGGUGCAGAUGUUGGGCGUUACGUUUAUGUAUGUUAAGGAGGCGAGGGAGCUGUGGAAGGCUGUCUGUGGGUGAGCAGGGGGAGUUGGGUUUUUUACGAUUUACGGUUUGGCCCGGCUCGCUUUAUUCUGCAGUGAUUUGUUUUUGCUUUGUUUUACUCUUGUGCAUCGAGUGGAAAGGGGGCUUGCAUUGUCGGUUGGCUGGAGGUUUGACUGGGAUUUACUUUACUUUGUAUGGGGGGGCCUGGCAGGCGUUGUGAUACUUUACUCUACUUUACUUUAAUUUCCUUCACCUUGCUUUGUAUUUUAUC